ACGCUUCUGAGGUACCCCUCCUUAACGAUCGAGCAAGAGAGAGAGCAAGCCAUUCAGAGCCAGCGAGCGAGACCCAGCCAGACGCUGUGGCAUAUUUGCUUAGCUUCUGUGAUUCAUAACAAGCUUUCUCCUUGACGCUCUUUCACUUCCCUUGCAGCUAUUUACCUCUCUGCCUGCUCCUCGUUCACCAGGCUGCAGGUCUCCUCUAACUUUUCGACAUGUCUUCUAUGUAGUCUGAAACUUCUAAAUGCAUUUCGCACUCCAUGGUUUCGAAAAUAAGUUAAUAAAAAGGAAUUAGAAAAGAUUGGAAGUUUUGUAUUAUCAAGUGUACAGAUGGAUAUGUGGGUGGUGUUCGUGUGCGCUUUUCAAUUCUAAAUCAAGGGUUUUGGUUGGUUACUGGAAUUUAUGACCCCAUUUUUUGAAAAUUACCAAAACAUCUCUCCAUUAGGGUUCAUGUUGUGAUUGUUAUACAAGAGCUUCUAAAGAUGUUCCUAUGAUGAAAGCUUUUCAGGGAAAGAAAGAAAAACAAAAUGUCUCUAAUUUACGAUAGUGAGACAUAUCUGCCUUACAGAUGAUUUGUCAGGGAGCUUGAGACAACUCAGCUCGACAGCCUUGUCGUGAGUUUCAUACCACCAUCGUCACAAAACUUCCGACAAGUUUCUGAAUCUCUCAAUGUCAGGGUUCCGAAUAGAAUGAGAAUUCAUUCUAGAUGUGAAUAUGGAGAAAGUCGGCAAAAAAUCAGUUGAAGGACUCAUGAAGAGAGAUCCCUUCGAUACCAUCGACAAGUGCAGUGACAAAGGCAGAAGCAAGCAGACGGUUGUCUCGGAUCUCGACGGAACUCUUCUUCGCAGCCGAAGCUCGUUCCCCUACUUCAUGCUGGUGGCAUUCGAAGCUGGAGGAGUGGCCCGGGCCUUUGUGCUCCUCUUGUGCUCUCCGCUGUGUUGGCUUCUGUACCAUUGCGUCUCAGAAUCCAUCGGCAUUCGCCUCCUGAUCUUUGUCACCUUCGCGGGCCUAAAAAUCGGCGGUAUCGAAGCCAUCGCACGCGGAACGUUGCCAAAGUUUUACGCGGAAGACGUGCAUCCGGACACAUGGCGAAUCUUUUCUUCGUUUGGGGAGCGGUACAUACUUACGGCGACGCCGCGGAUCAUGGCGGAGACCUUCGCCAAGACGUAUCUGGGAGUGGACGGUGUGUUGGGGACGGAGCUGCAUUUCACUUCUGGCGGCAUCGCGACUGGUUUGUUGAUGAACCCAGGGGUUCUAACCGGGAGAAACAAAGAAAUUGUGCUGAGGCAAGAAUUCCAAGGCUUGAACCUUCCUGACGUGGGUCUCGGAGACCGUCCGUCCGACCACAACUUCAUGUCCAUUUGCAAAGAAGGAUACAUCGUUCCGCCGAGCAACACAAUACUGGCAGCGUCGAAAGAAAGUCUAAUGAACCUGCUGGUGUUUCACGACGGCCGCCUGAUCCAAAGGCCCACAGCAGGCAUAGCGCUCAUCAUACUGCUGUGGUACCCGAUUGGCGCUGUGUUGGCCGUGCUUCGGAUCCUGGCUGGCAUCCUUCUUCCCUUCCACUUGUUGAAAUUGGUAUACAAGUUUCUUGGGGUUGGGGUGGUGGUUCGUGGGACCCCACCCCCAGAGCCCAAAGACGGCCCCGGACGAGGAGGCUACCUGUACGUGUGCUCGCAUAGGACGCUACUAGACCCCGUGAUGGUGGGCGUGGCGUUGAAGCGGCGCGUGACGGCCGUCACGUACAGCAUAAGCCGGCUGUCGGAGGUGUUGUCCCCAAUCAAAACAGUGGCACUGAAGAGGAAUCGGGAGAAAGACGCGGCGAAGAUCAGGUCUCUGCUGCGAGAAGGAGACCUUGCGAUCUGCCCCGAGGGCACCACCUGUCGGGAGCCGUAUCUGCUGCGAUUCAGCGCGCUGUUCGCGGAGCUGUCGAACCAGUUGGUACCUGUGGCGAUGAACACGCGCAUGAGCAUGUUCCACGGCACCACCGCGCAGGGGUGGAAAUGCUUGGACCCUUUCUACUUCUUCAUGAAUCCCAACCCUAUCUAUGAGGUUACGUUCCUCAACGAAUUACCGGUUGAGCUUACAUGUGCCGGUGGGAAAUCUUCGUAUGAAGUUGCGAACCACAUCCAACAACUUUUGUCGCAAACGUUGGGCUUUGAAUGCACAAAUUAUACACGAAAAGACAAGUAUGGGGUGCUCUGUGGAAACGACGGUUCAAUUCCUUUAAAGUCUCAAGACUCCUUUGGUUCGUAGCACAUAGUGUUGAAAGCACAGUGUUUCAAUGCCUUUGAAAUGGUUUGGAUAGAUAGUAUUUUUAUAUAUAAUUACAUAGCAAUUCUUUUACAACUAAUAUGUUUGAUUUUCCCAAAAUAAAUAAAUAAUAAAUCAUAGAAUAAAAAUAUCCUCUCA